GCCACAAAGUCCAGACAGCCAUCCGUGUUUUCGAGAGAAAGUCGAUUUGUGAAGCGAUGAGAAAUGUAUUCUCGACUUGCUUCGCUUGGUUUCGAAGAUAUCACCAUCCAUACAGAGAUGUCCAUAUACUCGUCAUAGGAAUCGACAACGCGGGCAAAAGCACAACCGUCGCGUCAAUACAAAACGACUCAACAGAUGGAAUUACACCGACCAUUGGCUUCGCAUCCUCUUCCCUUCGAAUGCGUCGUUGCGAUGUGACGAUGCUGGACGUCGGUGGCGGCUCGAAGAUUCGAGGAAUUUGGGAAAAUUAUUACGCCGAGGUGCACGGCAUUGUCUUCGUCAUUGAUGCGUCAGACGCACAGAGAAUUGGAGAGGCGAGAGAUGUGUUGGAGGAGGUAGUCAAGGACGCACGGAUGGGCGGAAAACCAGUUUUGUUGUUGGCUAAUAAGAAUGAUGUGGACGGUGCUAUGGAUGAGAUCGAUGUGUGCAAUCAGUUGAACGUUCAUGAACUGAUGGAACAGCAGCAGUUCAGUUGUCAAGUGGAACAAUGUGUUGCAGUAAAAAGGAAGUGUGAUAGAGCAAUCAUGCGAGGCAUGAAGUGGCUGCUGCAAAUUGUAUGUGACAACUACAAUGCACUGGCAGAGCGUGUGAAUGCUGAUGUUGCAGUACAGAGAGAAGAAGAAGCCAGGGAGAGAAGGGAGAGAGCCGAACGAGUGAGAAUACUGCGUGAAGAAAGGUAAGAGACGGUA